AUGUCAGAUCCGGGCACAGCUGUAGGCACCAAUGCCGACAAAGGUAAGAGCUCAGCAAAUAAUUCAAUCGCGCAAGAAGACCCCCCUCUGGACCACCACAAAGAGAAACCAAAUAAAGAACUCCAUCUCAAACCCAACGGUAAUAAAAAGGUACCCUCCGUCAAAAGCAAAACGUCGCGAGCACGUGAGCAAAACGUUCUAGGCUCCCGUGAAAAGGUACCAGAAACGGCGGGUCAUAGUUGUAGAACGUGCAGAUCGGCAGACAACAGCCGUAUGGUACAGUGCGAUGGCUGUGAUGGAUGGCACCAUUAUGAAUGCGUCGGUGUCGAUGAUCAGAUAGAGAAGAAACCGUGGCGGUGCGUAAUUUGUAAGAAGGUUCCGAAGAAACGGGUAUCGAAGGUAAAAGUAUCGGAGAAGAAGAAAUUUCCCAAGGUCCAAUCAGUAAAAUCGGCGACGUCAAGGAAAUCUUCUAGGAUUGAACUAGAAUUGCAGUUACGCAAGCUGGAAGCAGAGCGGACGCUACUGGAAGACAAGAAGAAGUUGAUCGACAGGCAGUAUAGUGUACUUCAACAGCUCGCGGAAAUUGAAGAGGGUGUGGAUAACGAUAGCGAUUCCGUUGAUGGUGACUCCAAGGUGAAGGAUUGGCUGCGGGAACAACACAAAGAAGAUGGUACGGACUCAAGCGAUGAGUACCCCGGUACUGAAGAUGCGGAAGAGAGCAUCAGUAGUUCGUCGGAGGAGGAAGCGGUGGAUAAUUCACGGGCCAACAGUCAGCACUUUAACCCAAUACAACGUUCGACGCCCAAAAUUGUCCCAAGAACCCGUCAGACGAAAGAUACGCACAGCAACCGGUUGAACUGUGGCCUGACCCGCAAUCAGCUUGCGGCUCGCCAGGUAGUUGCAAGAGACCUGCCCAUAUUCACUGGGAAUCCAGAAGAGUGGCCUAUCUUUUUGACGUAG